AUGAACGGCGACUUCGAAGAUUCAAGAAUUACAACAAAUUGGUUGGAAUUUCUUCCUUAUCAUCCAAUAUUUAAUUCUGAGAAAUUAGGAAAAACCCAAGACGAUUUUCAAGGGUUGAAAUUUUACGGACAGCCGAGAACAAAACCAUCAUGUAUAACAGCUACAGGAAGCAAACUUCUAAUCGUUGCUAUAGAUUCAGAGAUCAGAAUCUUAAAUUUAAUGGAAUUCAAACUUGCAUGGCGUAAAGCAUAUGAUCUUGAUCAAUUGAACACACUUGAAUUUGAUGAGUAUUUACCAGAAUGGAUGGCCAAGGUCAAAUACAUCACACUUGACACCCCCUCAAUAAAAUACACCAUCCGUUCGCUUAUUGUCAACUUUAAGGAAAAAGGAACGUUACUUUCAGUGAUUGGUGAUUAUGAAGUUUCCGUGUUAGUCAUACCGAAAACUGUAUUUUCAGAUACAAGCAAUGACAAAAUCACUUGCAAAGCCUACAAUAUCGGGCCAUAUUAUCAUAUUCUAGGACAAAGUCCUAUCGCAAAGGUAUUAUGGCAUCCCAUGAGCGAGUCAGGUUCACACUUAAUGGUUCUUACGGAAAAUAUGCGCUUAAGAAUGUAUAAUGUAAUCGAUGAUGUCAAUGAACCUGAGCAUACCUUUAUUUGUACUAAAUCCGAAACCCCCCCAAAAAAUCAGAGAGCCGUGUCAUUCUGUUUUGGCCAGUCUUCUGAAGCUUGGGGUAAUUUUGUGAUAUAUAUCUUAACAAAUUUGGGAGAGAUUUAUGCUAUGUGUCCGAUCGUACCAAGUAGAUGGUAG